AUGAUUUCAAAUGCACCUGGUGGAUCAGGCAAUGAUAUUCUGAUUGAUGAUAUUACACUACGUGGCUGUUCAGCGGAUCUCGCACAGUAUGAUCGUCUCAUAGUUUCAGCUGUCACAGCCUUACAUGCCUCAAUACUUCUGAUGUCUUGUUUAGGUGAUGUGAGCUGUGCCACACCAUGUCAAAACGGUGGCAAGUGUACUGCUAAAGACACAUGCACAUGUCCUGCUGGUUUCAGUGGCGCAACUUGUGAAAACGCUCAGCCUAUCUGCAAUCCUUCGUGUCAAAACAAUGGAAAAUGUGUUGCCAAAAAUACGUGCAAAUGUCCUGAUGGUUACAGCGGUGCAACUUGUGAAAUCGUGUUAUUCACGUUACAUGCUUUGUUCAAUGGAUGCACAUCCCAUCUUUCGCUCACAAACAAUAUUCUAAAAAACAAUUUGCCAAUCGCACUUCCAUCAAUUCGCUUGCCGGCAAGCAAUCACGUAGGCAAGCUUGCUGUCCCACACUUUCGCUUGCUCUAUAUAAACAACUUAUAAAGCAUCACAUGCAAUCCUUCGUGCCAAAACAAUGGAAAAUGUGUUGCCAAAAAUACGUGCAAAUGUCCCGAUGGCUACAGCGGCGCAACUUGUGAAAUUGGUUCCACUGGUUUAUCCAACGACCGGUACACGUGUGAUGAAAAGCCAGUGUUCCAAAUCACUUUUGGUGCCGGCUCUGCACCAUAUUCGAAGGCAAAACCUUCUGACUUCAGUUUCAGCACAACUUAUCAACAGCUGUUCGAACCCAAACCAAACGAUGGACAAUUUUCCAUCGUUAACAGUGUUCGACCAGAUCGCGAAUGGGACGUAUGGCUCAAUGUCCCACAAGAUCAUACAGGUGACAAAAACGGAUACAUGUAUUUGGUGAAUGGUGACUAUAACCCUGGUCAGUUUUACAAUGGCACAAUUAAGGAUUUGACGGUCGGCCAGAGAUAUGAAUUCUCGGUCUAUCUCGCGAAUCCUAUGGCAGUUUCGGGUAUUAAACCAAACGUUGUAUUUGAAGUACGCAGUACGACAGCUGACAAGACUUUACUUGCCAGACUAACAACAGGUGACAUACCAGAGGACAAGACCAUCACAUGGAGAAAAUAUGGAAUUUCAUUUAUUGCUUCAACCACGACAGUCAAUCUCCUGAUGAUUUCAAAUGCACCUGGUGGAUCAGGCAAUGAUAUUCUGAUUGAUGAUAUCACACUACGUGGCUGUUCAGGUGACGUAAGCUGUACCACACCAUGUCAAAACGGUGGCAAGUGUACUGGCAAAAACACAUGUACAUGCCCGGCUGGCUUCACCGGCACAACUUGCGAAAUCACGCUCUCAAAGAUUGUCUGUAAUCCUUCGUGUCAAAACAAUGGAAAAUGUGUUGCCCAAAAUACGUGCAAAUGUGCCGAUGGUUACAGCGGUGCAACUUGUGAAAUCGGUUCCAGUGGUUUAUCGAACGACCGUUACACGUGUGAAGAAAAGCCAGUGUUCCAAAUCACAUUUGGUGCCGGCUCUGCUGCAUAUUCGAAGGCGAAACCUUCUGACUUCAGUUUCAGCACAACUUAUCAACAACUCUUCGAACCCAAACCAAACGAUGGACAAUUUUCAAUUGUUAACAGUGUUCGACCAGAUCGCGAAUGGGACGUAUGGCUCAAUGUCCCUCAAGAUCAUACAGGUGACAAAAACGGAUACAUGUAUUUGGUGAAUGGUGACUAUAACCCUGGUCAGUUUUACAAUGGCACAAUUAAGGAUUUGACGGUCGGCCAGAGAUAUGAAUUCUCGGUCUAUCUCGCGAAUCCUAUGGCAGUUUCGGGUAUUAAACCAAACGUUGUAUUUGAAGUACGCAGUACGACAGCUGACAAGACUUUACUUGCCAGACUAACAACAGGUGACAUACCAGAGGACAAGACCAUCACAUGGAGAAAAUAUGGAAUUUCAUUUAUUGCUUCAACCACGACAGUCAAUCUCCUGAUGAUUUCAAAUGCACCUGGUGGAUCAGGCAAUGAUAUUCUGAUUGAUGAUAUCACACUACGUGGCUGUUCAGUCCACAGUGUUCCGCUGCUGUUUACGUUAGCUCAACUUGGUGUUGAGUGGUCCGCUGACAUUGGUUCUGCAGGUGUUUGA